CCGUUGAAAGGCGGUGCCGUGGAAGCUUUUCCAUUUCUCGGCAACAAGGAAGAACGAAAGCCGGAAUUCUAGGAGUUGUGCGCUCUUUGCAAAGUGUAACAGAGAUUGGUGAUGGCGAUGGUAAAAAGCGGAUGGUUGCUCCGACAAAGUACUAUAUUACGACGCUGGAAGAAAAAUUGGUUUGAUUUGUGGUCUGAUGGCCAGUUAUUGUUUUAUGAUGACCAACAUAGGCAUGAUCUAGAAGAUAGAGUUCACAUGAAAAUUGACAGUAUCAAUAUCAGAGGCGGAAAUGAAUGCCGAGGUUUUCAGCCUCCGGAGGGCAAAGCUAAAGACUGCUUGCUGCAGAUAAUUUGCCGUGAUGGGAAGGUGCUCAAUCUCUGUGCAGAAAGUACCGAUGAUUGCUUGGCUUGGAAAAUUGCUCUUCAAGAUGCCAGAACAAAUGAAACUUACGUUGCUUCUGAGGUGAUGUAUGAUGAUAAUGCGAUUUCUUCAGCGCCCCCUCCGUAUACAGCUUAUGCAACACCAUCACCUGAGGUUUAUGGUUACCCACAAUACAAUGGCGCAUAUCCAGGAACUCAGAUCAUCUACACUUCUAAUGGACAGACAUAUGCUAUGCCUUACCAAUAUCCAAACCAAGGUACUUAUGGCCCGCUUCCUGCAAACCAUGUCAUCAUUCGAGAACGUUACCGAGAGCCUGAUGGAGACCUGGCAUUGGGCAUGUUGGCUGGGGCAGCAACAGGAAUGGCCCUGGGCUCAUUGUUUUGGGUGUUUUAGAUUUUCUUUGGAGGUUCAAGUUGAAGGAGGUUCUUUCUAUCUUCUGUGUAUAAUAAUAUAUAUAUUGGUAAAGCAGUGUAUAGGCAUUUCAUAAGUUCUAACAAUAUUUUGGCUAAUGAUACACUGGAAUUAGUUAAUCACAUUCUUAAUCAUCUAGAAAGUUCACUUUAGUUAAGAAAGGUCAAGUAAGUUUGAGCCUAUGUAAUGAUAAACAAGUAGCAGUAAUAACAAGUGAAGUAUUGCUAAUAGUGGCUAAACAGCCACAACUGAUGGUGAAAUAUUAACAAUUCUCUUAAAAUUGCUUCAACUGCUGCCUCAAAAG